AUGACAGACGAUUUAAUAUGGACUGAAAGGAUUAAUUCCUUAAAGAAUCAACCUAGUGAGAAUGAAAUUAGAGUUAUAAUUAAUGAAAUAUAUCAAAAUCCCUCAGAAAAUGCAAUUUUUCAUCUCAUUACUACUAUAUUGAAUAUAACUAUUCCUCAAUCAUUUCAAUCUAUAUCUGAUUCUUUAAAGGAAAUUAUUAUUGAACUCUUUCGUUCACUUGUUGGAUUAGGUAAUUUAAUUACUAAGAUUUCUCAAUGUGCUAAAUCUCCUCAAUUGAAAGAUAUACUUUCUACUUAUAUGUAUAUAUUAGAUCGAGUAUUUGAUAUUGAUCUAGUAGUUAAAUUAGUUAAACAAAGUACUAAAUCAGUUGAAAUUAAAGAAAUCGAUAGAUUAAUAUUUAAGGGGAAAAUAUUUGGAAUUUUAAAUGAAAUAUAUCUUGAAUUUUCAAUAGAAACUACUAAUAGUAUAUUUAAGAAUUCUGAUAGUUAUGCUUCUUAUUUAAGUUCUAUUAUAUUACAAUUGUAUCAUACUAAUUAUGAAGAUAUUCCAACAAUUAAUAUGUUCAUAUUUUCAUUAAUAAGUUUAGGAAAUAAUAGUACUGAAUUAUUAUUUGAUACUAUAUUUAAUCAACAAGAUUGGCAAUACUUUAUGUUAUCUUUCAAUAUGUUUAAAAGUUAUCAAAAGAAAGAAAUAGUUAAUAAAUUAUUUACUAAUUAUUUAAAUAAUAGAUUCUUAAACCAUUAUGAUAUACAGACUAUAUCUGCCUUAUUUACUAUACUUGAAUUUACUAAUGAAUAUUUUGAUUUUAGAAGUAUUGAAAGAAUUAUUUUAUCGCAUAAUCAAUCAUUAAAUACUUUAGUUUCAUUAAUUAUUGCCAGAAAACCCAUUGAAAAAUUGAAUGAAAUCACUUAUUCAUUAUUAAAUACUUGGUCGGAUGAAAGUGUCAUAAAGACUCAACCAAUUGUUCAACAAGAGAAUUAUACUCAUUUUUUAAUUGAUGUAUUAAGAAGGAGGAAAGGUACAAAAUUUAUAGAAGAUUUAAUGAAAAAUUCAAUAUUCCUUGAUGCUAUAACCAAAAGAUUGGAAUCUUAUUCGACUAAUGUCAAAUCUCUAGGGGUAAUUCUUGCCAAUAAAGUUUGUGAAUUUAGUGGUAAAGAUAAGAUAUUUGAUGAAGAAUCUAUUAUGGAUUCAUAUUUGCUUUUGCUUGAAGAACCAAAGGAGCCAUUAGUGUUAGGAUAUGAUGAAUCAUGGAGGAUAUUAUUUAAACCCCUGGUUGAAGAGCCACCCACUGAAUCAAAAGCUUUAAACAACUCAAUAGUCCCUAUUCCAAAAGCUUCAUUACAGGUAGAUAGUGAUGAUGAUGAUGAUACCAUUGGUCCUAAAGUUCGUGUACCACGACCAGUCUACAUUAAGGAUCUUUUAAAAUAUAUAAGUGUAGAUACCAGUAAAAAGGAAGCAUAUGAUAAGAGAAGAAUAGCACUAACAGUGGGUCCUACACUUAUACGUCAGAAGAUUAAUUUUGGUAAUGAAGUAGGAUUCCAUGCGGAAGAAUUAAUAACUCAAUUAUUAGCUAUGAGUAAUCAUUUUGAUGAAUCUGAUUUUGAUGUACUUCGAUUAAAUUGUUUAAUUGCCGUUCUAGUGGCUUCACCAGAAAGUACUUUACAUAUUUGUGAGUUAUUACUGAAUGGAGAUUAUUCUUUACAACAACGUAUGAUAAUAUUAUCAUCUAUUUCACUUGCUGCUAGAGAUUUAAGAGGUUUUAGUGAUGAAGUAGUUACAAGCUCAUAUUCUUCAACAAAGUUUCCUACUAAACAAUUACCCCCUAACUUACAUAAAGCUUUUACAGAAAUUGAUAAUCAACCCAGUAUUAUAACUAGUCUUCAACAUUCUAUUCAAGAUGAUUUAAUGUCCAGUGUUUCAGAAGUUCAACUGGAUAAAAUUGCUGAAGGAAUGAAAGUGUUAAGAGUAUCAAAGUCAUUAAAUCCUAAGAAAGUCAUGCAAGAUAUACCAAGACGUCAAGAUUUUUAUAAAUUAAUUGGUGCAAAGUUUUUCUUUCCAUUAUUACAUGUAUGGUAUGAUGUUGGAGAAAUUGAUAUUGGACAUUAUUCAACAAUUUUCAUUGGUCAUUAUAUCAAUACAUUAACAUUAUUAUUACAAUGUGCAUACCCAUCUGCCAUAAACAUUCAAGAUAUGAGUACAGAAUUAUUUCAAUUAGUAUUGCCAAUUACAAGAACAGUUAAAUUAGAAGAAGUUCAGGUUAUAGAAAGUAUAAUUACUGCAGUAUUUUUUAUUUGUGAUAUUACUGAUGAAGAAUAUUUGAUUCAACAAUUUGAAUAUGGAAUUACUCGAAUUCAAAGUUGGUUAUCACAAAUUUGGGAUAAUAUAAUUGAUUCCAAAUUAAAAAGUUUAUGUGCUGGUUUAUUAUUACGAGUCAAUGAUUUAUUAGAACGAUUCGAAAGAACAAUUUUAACUGGAGUAAAUAGUAUGUAUUAA